CAGGCAGUGGAGCUUGCUCAUUACAGCAUGAGAGUGCAGAAGAGGAAGUGGGUGGAGAAUUGCAGUAACAAACUGACAACCACAAAGAACUGAAAACUUGAACUGCAGAGAAAGCCAGACAGAAAAGAACAUGUUCAGAGUUCCUGUUUUUAACCAGCUUUUCUAAGCAACUCGUGAAAUACAAAUGAAAUAUUUUUCUUUAACGAAGAACAAAGGCAAGGACAUUAACUGGGCAUCCAAAUAAGGUGAAUACUGUUCGAUAAAGAAACUGUAAUCUGUCUUGUACAAACGCACUUCAUUGCCAAGAAGAGGCCCCACAUGGACAACUGGCCAAAAUAUAUGCAUGAGGAAUAAAUGAAAGCGCUAAAGCUACUGCUGAAUUUCCUGACUUGGCAGCCAUCUAUUUUACUAUUUCUGAUCAGCACUGAGGCUUUCUGGAAGGGGAGUAUUUCCCCUCAUUUUAUUCAAAUAGUGCCAGAGGAUAAUGGAAAUACCUUUUUACCAUGAUGAUUUGUUGAAUUUAUAUCCAGCUCCCAUUUCUUAUUCUACCACUGCCAGCACCAUGAUGAAGAAGAAUUUAAAUCUCAACAUAGGUGAUCAAGUCGUGUCACAUGAAAAGGGACACCAGCUUGAGGAGGACGGUUUGCUCACCUCAUCUGACUUGGGCCUAUUGAAGCUGGCAUCUCCGGAACUUGAGAGACUGAUUAUCCAAUCAAAUGGCUUGGUCACUACAACUCCUACUAGUAGCCAAUUUCUGUACCCUAAGAUGCAUAGUGAGGAGCAGGAAUUUGCAGAUGGAUUUGUUCAGGCAUUGGAGGACCUACACAAACAAAAUCAGUUGAGCAAAGGCAUGAAGAUGGGCUCCGUGAGUAGCGGAACUACUGUUCAUCCUCCCUCAGAUACUCCUGUUUAUGUCAACCUUAACAGUUACUCCAGUGACAUUAUGGGUAACACAAUGCACUACUGUACAGACCCUGUGUACCCUCCGUUACCAAGCAGCAUGGAACAGCAGCAGUCUAACUUUCAUACACACAGACUGCAUGCAUUGAAAGAUGAGCCUCAAAUAGUGCCAGAGGGGGCUAGUUUUGGGGAAAGUCCUCCACUAUCUCCCAUAGACAUGGAUAACCAGGAGAGAAUCAAGGCAGAAAGGAAAAAGCUGAGAAAUAGGAUAGCAGCUUCCAAAUGCCGAAAAAGAAAAUUGGAACGGAUUUCAAGGCUAGAGGAGAAAGUGAAGAGCCUGAAAACCCAGAACACAGAUUUGGCUUCCACAGCUAGUUUACUAAGAGAGCAGGUGGCACAUCUAAAGCAGAAGGUUAUGAGUCAUGUCAAUAGUGGCUGCCAGCUUUUGCCUCACCACGUCCAUGCAUACUGAUAUAGCCUAAACAUUCUUUAAUGAUGGCUGCAUUGCAAAGUACAUUUAUCGAAUGUUAGGUGAAGAUGGUUUGUUCUGAUUUAAUGGACAUCAAGUCAUUUGUGAAAACCAUUUACCGUGUUUUCUUUCCUGGUUGCAACUAACUACACUUUUUUUCAUCACAUGAAAUAACUGAGACACAGUAAUAGUAAAAAGGCUUUGCAAUCAUUUUGGGUGACAACAUUAGCACGGAUUCAUGGACUUUUCCCAGGACUCUUAUGGUAUGUACUUAUGGGCAGUUAUACAUCCACCCAUGGUGUGUUGCUGCUAUGCAUUGAGUAGGAGGUUAAUUGUACAAAAACAUACUUCAGAAUAAUAAACAACAUAAGCAUUUUGAGAAACGCACUGCUAUUACUCCCAGUAGUGAGUUGCAAAGAAGAACAGGCCAGAAAUGCAUACAGUUGCAAUUAGGGUCUGCUCAGAAGUCUGCAAUGUAAAUACAGAAGCUGCAGUACUCCCAGUGAUCUGAGGAACACCAUUAUGAGAUCUGAUUAAGCAGUGUCUUUUGUAUGCAGCUCAUUGCAACAUACCACAGUGAAAACCUUUAGAAAGUCAGUGCUAAAUUAGCUAAGCCACUUUUUGUUUCUCAUUAUGUCAGAACAGUUUAUAAUGCCACCAUCAAUUGCCACGCGUUACAGUCUAUGCAGAAAUGUGCACUAAUGUAUAUAUAUAUAUAUAACACCAGCCUUGUUUUGAUGUUAGGCUUGCUCAGUGUUUUAAGCUGGUAUUAUAUAGAGGGAGAACUGUGUUGUGCACUGCUUUAAUAAGUAAGCUACCUUUCCAAAAAGUGUAAAUGAACAUGCUGCAAUUAAAGAGACUUUCCGGUGUUUUAUUAACAGAUUGAAAAGAAUGAAAUAGUGUGUCAGUAACAUGUACUGGGCUCCAGCUCUUAAUGUACGUAUAUACUGUAUGGGACCUGACAGGUGAAGAUCUGCCAACAAUGUUUACAAAACUGAGGAAUCAUUUUUCAGAAGACUAUGAUCCACUUUGGACUGGAAAAAUCUUCCUUCAUCAGGCCACUCCUGCACUAUAUGUUGGAGCUAUAUAGUCUGUGGGGUUAUACGAUGUUUUGGAAAUGUGCUCAGGCUUCUUAAUUUGUAAGGUAAACUGUAAAUAUAUUUCACACAACUGUUUUGUUUAUAAAGUUGUUUUUGCAAAAUGUAAGUAUAUUUUAUGCAGUUUUUGUUACAGUACAUUCCAGUGAUAUUAUACAGCACUAUGUAAUAAAGCUUUGUAUUAUGA